AAACCAUCUAUACAAUUGAUGCAAUUCACCACCACCAGUACCCGUCUUUCUUUUCUUCCCCCAAACAGAGAAUCACACAAACUCCCUCUCUCUCACAUACACCCCGCACUCAGCACACUUGUGACUUGUAUAUAUAUACGCUACACAUUUCUAGUUAAUAUCGUCAACGCCGAUCCCCAAAUCAUCACACCACCAAAAAAAAAAAAAUGCUUCCUUACACCUCCAUCCAUGACGCCGAAACAUCACUAAACAGAUCACUAACAACAUUAGAAACAUAUUGGUUUAAUUACACAUCCACUAAAUCCGAUUAUUUUCUCUACUGUCACAACAUUUUAUUCUUGUUUCUUGUUUUCACUCUUGUCCCUCUUUUUUAUAUCUUCACAGAACUUUUUUUCUCUAAAUAUAUCAUUGCCUAUAAAAUCCAACCUAAAGUCAAAUUCUCGUUUGUCGAUAAUUUCAAUUGUUAUGUCGAUGUUAUGCGCAUGUUUGUUUUAGUUGUUGGCCCUCUUCAGCUUGUUUCCUAUCCUUCUGUUAAAAUGAUUGGCAUUCGAACAAGCUUACCAUUGCCAUCACUAAUGGAGGUUGCUUCUCAAUUGUUCAUUUACUUUAUAGUUGAGGAUUUCACAAAUUAUUGGAUCCAUAGAUUUUUGCAUGGAAAAUGGGGGUAUGAAAAAAUUCAUAAGGUUCAUCAUGAAUAUACAGCACCUAUAGGAUAUGCAGCACCAUAUGCACACUGGGCCGAGGUUUUGAUUCUUGGGAUUCCAUCUUUUCUUGGGCCCGCCAUGGUUCCGGGUCAUAUGAUUACAUUCUGGCUUUGGAUUGCUUUGAGGCAGAUUGAGGCCAUUGAGACUCACAGUGGGUAUGAUUUCCCAUGGACAUUCACAAAAUUCAUCCCUUUCUAUGGCGGAGCUGAUUACCAUGAUUAUCACCAUUACGUUGGAGGACAAAGCCAAAGCAACUUUGCAUCUGUCUUUACUUACUGUGACUUCAUAUACGGAACAGACAAGGGCUAUCGUUACCAGAAGAAAGUACUGCGACAGUUAAGAGAGGGCUUGAAAAGUGAUGGAAAAGAAAAUGAUGGAUUGCAUGCUUCUACACAAGAUAUUAAAUUGGAGUAGCCGUGGUAAUACCGAUAUGCUUCUCACCUGUUUAAGGUUAAGUUGUUUAUUCAGAUCAAUUUAGGUAUUUUGUGUCUAGGUUUCUAAGCUCGUCUUUGUGCUAAUUUACAAAGGCUCUUAUUGAUAGCUUUAAAAUUGUUUGUCCAUUUUGGUCAGUUCAAGUCGUUUUCUUUCUUAUUUAAGCUUUUGUACCAUACAAUGUUCAUAUAAUACAGUCAUACUUUUUCUUGAUUUAA